UUUUUUCUCUAACAGGUGCAGGCAAGACACCAACUUUAGGAGGAGGAUUCCAUGCCAAUCUGGGGAAGGAGUCACGAGCACAAACUCUACAGAAUGGGAAACGUCAAAUUCACCACUUGGGAAACCAGCUUCAACUCAAUCAACAUUGUCUGGAUACAGCUUUUAAUUUUUUCAAGAUGGCUGUGAGCAAACACUUAACCCGGGGGAGAAAGAUGACCCAUGUAAUUGCUGCAUGCCUCUACCUGGUGUGUAGGACAGAAGGAACUCCUCGUAUCCUUUCACAUUUAAAAAUUAAAACUAAAUUUGAAACAGACAUACUUUUAGCAAGUCAACUCUCCCAGUUAAACCUGGUUUCAAAAUUUGAAAAGUAUAAAAUUGUACUUUUCCUGUAUUUUGCUUGGGCUUACUUGUUUGUGGUGUAA